AUGGAUAUACCUGUUUUGAACACAGUUUGCACAUCCAGCACGACGCCGACAUCCCUUACAGUCAGCCGCCUCCUGCGAUUUAGAGCUGUGGUUCUUAUUGUUGGUGCUGUGUUAAUGCUGUGUGCAUCCAUGGCUGCUCUCUACGUGUGGAAAGUCAGUGAUAAAAAUGUUUGUAAUGUUCGUUACACUGUGAACAUCAAUGGGGAGACGAGGGAAGGCUCUGUGGAAAUUGAUUCUGACAACAACCUGGAGAAAUUUAAAACUGGGAGGGGAGCUGAGGAAGCUUUGGAGAUUCAUGACUUUCAAAUUGGAAUAACUGGAAUCCGCUUCUUUGGAGGAGACAAGUGCUAUAUAAAAUCCCAAAUCAAAGCCAACCUUCCACACAUGGGAGCUCACAACAAAAAAUCGCUGAUGCUUGACCUGACAGAUGAAUUAAUGCCAGUGAGCUUUGAUGGGGAGUUCCUUAUAUGGGUUGCAGGAGGGCAGCCACUGAAGGACACCAGUUUUCUGAACAACAACAUUCUUGGUCUUUGUGGAGAACUACCCAUUUACUGGCUCCAGCCUACUUAUACCAAAGGUCGCCUUCUUCUCUUCUUUUGA